GAUUUGGGCUGGAUUAACCGCCACGUCGGUGAGCUAGAGAAGGAGACAGCAUCAGAUGAUCUGCAGCUUUUAAGGAAAUAAGAGUUUAAAUAUUAAAACAAAAAUAAUAAUAAUUCAGAAGUAUAGGUUUGCAGGGUACGUGCACGCGGUGAGAUGAGAGCCCUGUGUGUGUCUGUGCUGCUGCUGGUGUUUGGUUUAGUGGCGCUGUCAUGUGACCACGGACACCAUCACCAUGGACACCAUCACCACGGACAUCACCAUGGUGAUGUGAAGAUGUUUCAUGGGGCGAGCAAAUGGAGUGCAGAGGCAAAUCUGCCUUCUGAGGAGGAGGAGCUUCACAAUGGGCAUGGCCAUCCCCAUGACCCCUCUCAUGAUCAUGAAUAUGAGCACGGACACGAGCACGGACACGCCCACGGACACGAGCACGGACACGCCCACGGACACGAGCACGGACACGCCCACGGACACGAGCACGGACACGAGCACGGACAUGCCCACGGACACGAGCACGGACACGCCCACGGACACGAGCACGGACACGCCCACGGACAUGAGCACGGACACGCCCACGGACAUGAGCACGGACACGGACAUAGCCCUGUGUACAGCCCCGGCAAAGAAAGUGUGAAGCGCGAGUCGCUGGUUGAGAGCCGAGACACAAUGGAGUUAUGGAUGCAGUCAGUGGGAGCGACGUUGCUGAUCAGCGCUGCACCCUUCCUCAUCCUCUUCCUAAUCCCGGUGCAGUCAAACUCGGAUCAGCACCAGAACCUGCUGAAGAUUCUGCUGAGCUUUGCUUCGGGGGGGCUGCUGGGGGACGCCUUCCUGCACCUCAUCCCUCACGCGCUGGCGCCUCACUCUCACCAUGGAACCGAGGGCCAAUCAGCUGCAUCCGAGGAGUCACAUGGUCAUUCUCAUGGUGUGGCGCAUGAUCAUAUGAUGUCUGUGGGUUUGUGGGUUCUUGGAGGCAUCGUGGCGUUCCUGGUGGUGGAGAAGUUUGUGCGUCUGCUAAAGGGAGGACACUCACACUCUCACUCUCAUGCUGCUCCGAAAUGCAAAGACAGUGACGGGGAGGAGGAGAAGGAGAAGGAAGGAGGGAAGAAGGAUCAGAAAAAGGACAAGAAGGUGAAGAAAGUGAAAGAGGAGAGCUCUGAUAUUAAAGUCUCUGGUUAUCUGAACCUGGCUGCUGAUUUCACCCAUAACUUCACGGACGGUCUGGCCAUCGGUGCCUCUUUCCUGGUUGGUCCUGCUGUCGGUGUGGUAACCACCAUCACCAUCCUCCUGCACGAGGUGCCCCACGAGAUCGGAGACUUCGCCAUCCUCGUCCAAUCAGGAUGCACCAAGAGGAAGGCCAUGUGUCUCCAGCUCCUCACUGCCAUCGGAGCGUUAGCUGGCACCGCCUGCUCCCUAUUGGCUGAGGGAGUGGGUGCGGCCGCCACCGCCUGGAUCCUCCCUUUCACAGCUGGCGGCUUCGUUUAUAUUGCCACGGUGACGGUGCUGCCGGAGCUGCUGAGCGGCCGCUCGAGCGUGGGCCAGUCGGUGAUGGAGGUGGCAGCCAUGCUGUUGGGUGUCGGCAUGAUGGUGAUCAUCGCCGAGUACGAGUGAGACGCACAGGGAGAGACUGAAUUCUUUUGAGACUCGGGAAGAUCAACAGAAAAUGAUGUGUAAAUGAUGAUUACAGAGGAGUGUGUGAGCGAGCCAGUGAGAAUUGGAGGCUUUUGUAAGAGAAGUGCACUAAAAGAUCUAAAGUCCGAGCCCUUACAUGUUCCAGAUGGACCAAAAGCACUGGACAGAGUAACGUGUCCACCCCCACCCCCAAGCAAGGACCGGUUUUACUUUCAGCUGAGAACAAACACGCUUGUUUUUUGUUUUUUUUUAAUUAUGUCCAAAUAACGUACAAUUUAAAUUUAAAAAUAAUGUGUUUUGACACCGUGAUGUUCUGUGCUGCUUUCUGAAAAGUGGGAAGUCUUGCUGGCUCGUAUGAACCAUAAAUAUCCAUAUUAGUGCCCUCGAUAGGCGACAAAGUGUGCACUGCUGGACCCUUGUAAGUGUUUUGCUUUGAUUGACACUGUUUUCCAAAAGCAGCAGCUUUUUGGUUUUUUUUUCUACUUCUGAUUUUUUUAUCUUGAAAAUGAUGCAUUAGAUAUUUAGUUAGGACCCUAGACAAAGUCUGUUGCCCUAUCCCGCGUUUUGAUUGCAAAGAAGCUCUUUCGGCCUCGGAGUAAUUCCGUACAAUAAGCUAAUUAGCCCAGACAAGUGCGUUAAUACAGACUAAGGGAAACAAACGAAUAUAUGAACGUCAAGUAGCACUAAUCUCCAUCCUCCUUAUCACCUGACACGCUUAUCCAUCAUCCCCACCUGUAAUGUGUGUAGUGCGGCAGGGCGAUGCGAUUCUGAACACACACUCGCCGGCCAAAUUUUUAGAAACGCCCAUAAAUCCAUGAUGCAGUUCUGUAAUUAGCAGCACGAUGCAUCAAAUCCUGCAGAUACAAAUCAAGAGCUUCAGUUAAUGUGCACAAUGUUCAAACAUCAGAACGGGAAAAAUUGUGAUCUCAAAGUGUGACUUUCACUUGGUGCUAGGUGAACUGCUGGUUUGAGUAUUUAAGAAGUUGCUGAUCUCCUGGGGUUUUCACACACGCACAGCAGUCUCUCGAGUUUACACAGAAUGGUGCAGAAAACAAAAAAAAAACACUUAAGUGAGCGAGCGACAGUUCUGUGGGUGGAAGCAAACGCCUUGUUGAUAAGAGAGGUCAGAGGAAAAUGGACAGAUUCAAGGUGGUUCGAGCGUUUUGGCCAGGAAGGCUAUAGUAACUCAUAGAGUCACUCUUUACAAAUGUGGUAAGCAGAAAAGCAUCUCAGCAUGCAACAGCAGGAGAGCAUAUUGGGUUCCACUCCUGCAGCCAAGAACAGGAAUCUUAGAAUCAACAAGUUCUUAUUAAAGUGGCCGGCGAGGGUAGUUUUCGGGAGUCUGUGGGUCCCCCCCCUUCCUUUCUCUGAAAAGGAAUACCGUUCUCUUCCUUUAGACUAGGAAUGAUCCAUCUAGCUCUCUAAUAUGGAUAUUUAGUACAUCCACCAUUGUCAAUUUUUCUGGAAUAUUUGUGUGUGUGUGUGAGGUUCGAGCCAGCAGAUGCAGUAAGCCUUAAUGAGUGGUGACGUAGUGCUGGGUUUUAUCAUGACGCUGUAGAAACCACGAAGCCUACAUCAGCACUUUGACUUGAGAAAGUCCAGCAUUAUACUGUAUCUUUUCAUUUUUUCCCCACGUUUAGAGCUGGACUGCUUUCGUGAUGCUCGCAGGAAGUCAUUUUUUAUUUUUAUUUUUUUUACGCCAGCUUGAUGUCCUUGCCACGUCGUCCUUUUGUAAAAGUUCUUUGCGGUUACUGAAGAGCCUUUUGUGUUUUGGCGCAUGUGCCGAGAAUCGAUUCUAAAAUGUAUAACGAUAGUCAACACGCGCUAUGUUUUUAUUGUGGGCAUGUAAAUAUUGACACCCUUCUUGUUCUGUUUGCGGGGCGGAGUUUUCAUUCCGUCAUGAUGAUAACGGUCACAAUACUGGAUUUAAAUGCACUACUUAUAGAGACUGUACUUCAGCUAACUGAGCGAGCAGGUUAUGUUGGUGAGCUUACUCAAAGUGUCCGCGAUAACAAUAUCAUGCUGCUUUUUAAAAAAAAAAAAUGUUGCAAUAGACAUCUUUGACUUGAUGAUCGGCACAUGCCUACAUGUACUUUGUUUUUUUUCUAUAUCUUUUUUUUUAGUUUUGUGUAUGAGUGUUGUUAAUUUCUGUCACAGAUGUCUCUGAGUCAUUCCCUGAAUAUUUUUUUUUUAAUUGCUAUAUAAAGUGGAUGAAGAUAACAUUCA